AUGGACAAAUCAGGAAAGUUUCUGGCCCCAAAGAAGGCUCGUCUGCUCGGAGUCUGUGUCUUCAUACUCAUAAUCAUAUCGACAUGCCUCUUUUUCCUCGAUCUGUCUAUUUUGCGCCCUUCGCCAAACCCCUCAGAGUAUAUGGGUAAAACAACAGUCAACAAUGAUGUGACUUACAUAAUCUACUUUGAGAAAUCUUUGGAUUAUGAAUAUACCGUGUCAACUCUGGUUUUUGAACAAUUUAUUCAAGUCUAUUCAGAGUUGCUACAAGACGAUUUGCUGGCGCAGGUGGAACACCGCUUCGACUCCGUUUUGAACGGUUUCACGUUUAAAUUGCCAGAGGAGGAUGCUUUGAGAGAAAAAUUCUCAGAGUAUAUUCCUAAUGCUGCAUUUUCUGGUGAUAUCCUAGCCCUUUUAUACCAGUAUUUGGUUGCGCAUGGUGAAAACCUGUUGGGCAGCAAUCAUGUUGAAUUACACUUGGAGAAAGACCAAACAAUGAGUAUCCACGAGUAG